AUGGCGAGCCCGCUUGUUGGCUGGCAAAAUGGCGAUACCUCCCGGGGCACAUUCAGCAUUAUCACCACCUGUGCCACCACUAUCUUUGCGUGCACCUGGACUAUCCAGCAUCUUAAUGUUCCCGCCGCCCACGACGGAGAGCUACGCAGGCACGUGCGCGUCUGCAAAUGGAUGGUGAUCACCAUCCUGCUCCCAGAGCUCAUACUCGCUCACGCAAUCCUCGAGUUCGCCAUGGCGCUCGGAUGCAUGAGGGAGAUGGAGAAAAAGGUAGCUGUCUCCUUGGACGAGAGAGAGUCCAAGAUACAAGUCAAGUAUCCAUCCUGGAUGACCCGCCUGUGGUCCUUUCCGGCCAUCUGGCGUCGCGCACGCGCGAGGCUGCUGCCCAGGUUACGGCCCGACGGCCUGCGCGACGUGGAGGAGCAGCGUCGCCCGAGAAGCACCACUAGUCAGACCUCGGAACAGGGUAGCCCUGCCAGCCAGAUCUCAGAGCAGCGUGAGGGAAGCAUGUCUCCUCGCCAAACCUCGGAACAGGGCCGCCCAAGCAGCAUGGCCGGAGAGACCCCGGACAAGCUCACGUGGACAUUGACACACGCUUACUUUGCCAACAUGGGCGGUUUUGUCUACAACCCCGAUUGGGAUGGGGUCCGGCAUCAAUUCAAGCCUGCUGCCCGCCCCAUGACUGGAAUACGUCUCGCCGCGCAUCUUGACUUCCUUCGGUGCCCCCGCAUUACCGAAGCCGAGAUCAAGGACAAGAGCAAGACAGAUGGCCUUGGCAAAGUGUUUUCCGUCUUCCAGAUCUCCCAUCUCAUGCUCUCCCUCAUUGUGCGUCGGGCUCAGGGCUUACCCAUCUCGCAGCUUGAGGUCCUGACGCUAGCAUUUGCCGUCUGCGGCGUCGCUACCUAUGCCGCCUACUGGUACAAGCCGAAGGACAUUAUUGUUCCCGUUCAGCUGGGGAGUCUUAAUGAACUCGUUGUAGGGCCAGACCGGGACCUAAGGAACCGUGCGAAAGACGAUUUUGAGACCUUCAGAUCCUUCGACAGCUUUUGGCGGGUGUUGGUCAAUGACCCCGGCGGUACCAAGGACGGCCUGCAUCGUGUCCCCAACGACAACAUCCCCGCCAACUCGGACGGGUUUACACACGGUGCUACCCUCCUCCUGGCCUUUGUUUCUGCUUUGUUCAGCAGUCUGCACGCGAUAGCAUGGAGCUUUGACUUCCCCACCGCGGCAGAAGCAACCAUUUGGCACGUUUGCACCAUCCUGACCAUCCUUCUCCCCCCGCUCGGUUUGCUGGGGAUCCCGCUCUCUCAGGCUACUUGGCGCCGGGGUAAUGAUGCGCGGGACUUUCUGGACGCCUCGGAACGAGUUCUGCGGGAGCUUGCAUGGCUUCUCGAGAAUCACUGGCAGAAAAAGGAGGUUGAAAUGGCCCGCCGCAAGUUGGAGGGCCUGUACCACUCGAGCCUGGGUUUGGAUACCCCUUCUACCAGGCAGCUCUACAGGGACUUGCUCCCUGCGGAAAUUCGAAAGCAGAUGCUCGAUUUCGUCGAUAAGAAGGGACCGUUCCAAAACCGCGCUGAGCUUGAACUGCCGCGGAACUACGCCCCGCAUCUCCGCCAGCUCUUCCUCCUCGCGGACGGGCAAGGACCGAAAAAGAUGGUCGAGCAGGUGGCAAGAACCAACGUGUUUCCCCGCGGCAGCUUGCCGACAGCCUUCAACUCAUGGUUUCUCUACAUCGCCAUGGGCUCGUAUUGCGUGGCCAGGCUCGUCCUGGUUGCCGUCGCUAUAUCCAGCCUGCGUGCCAUGCCACAAGCGGUCUACAACGCCACCUGGGCUGAGUACAUACCUGCCAUGUAA